GGGGCACACAUAUGUAUUUUUUUUAAGCAAAAAUUUGGUGACAAAAGUCAGUGGUGCUUUAAGUUGUGUUUGAUUUAUCACAUCAGUGUCACAGCCAGUCUGGAUGUGCAGAGGGACAGCAUCAACCGUCCUGCUGAAAACACAAGGGGGACAGGCCCAAGGGCGACCCUCUGUCAUACUGCUCCCCAGUUGUACCGUGACCCCCAGGGCCCUGCUCCCUGAGUGUGUUCGAGAACUCAGACGACCUAAGAGCCUCUCGCCUCCCUGGGGAGCCUGUCCCAGAGCUGGAAAGAUACCUGUGUGACGCAGUCUGUCCCCAGGCAUGAAGCCAUUGUGCCCCACUGCAUCCUGGUGCGAGGUGCCGCGACUCGAGGAGGGGUCCAGGCCACCUGGGAAUCUGUCACAGGAGGAAAGAACGUUUCUCUUAGAGUUUCCCUUGUGGAGCUUUAAGACGGGAAAGAUGAUCAGAGAACUUAACAGCAUCGCAGACCAAGUUGACAACCACAGGAUGCUCACCAAGACCAGCCUGGUAGCCAGCUCCUCAGGUGCUGUGUCCGCCGUCAUGACCAUCCUGGGUGUGGCCCUGGCACCUGUGACAACAGGGGGGAGCCUGAUACUCUCAGUGGCUGGGCAGGGCCUGGGGGUAGCAGUUGCUGUCACCAACAUUUUGACAAGUGUCUUAGAAAACAGGAGCAAUUCGGCAGCGAGAGACAGAGCCAGCAGACUGGUGGCUCGUCCAGUGACACUGGAGCAGGGGACUGGUGGAGGGACAGAUAUUUCCGAAGUUAAACGGCAGGGAUGCGUUAGGAGGUGUAUUGAAAUCCCCGGGAGCACCAGGCAGCUUCGUGCCCACCAGGCCGCCCAAGCCAACCCUGGCUGCAUUGCGAUGGUCAGGAACUUUGUGGCCACAAGCCGUGGGCCCCUCUGGAGGGCCACAGGGGUGCAGAGACCCGCGGUGCCCAGAUGAUGAGCGCAGCUGGGGCUGGCUUCUUACUCGUGCAAAGUGUCAGCAGCACCGGCAGAACUGGAGGCGCCUGGAAGGGGGCGAGGACAGAGGUG